ACCGCCCAAAAGCCAGAAGGUUAAGAAUGUUAAGAUAUCCCCAACGUCAAACAACAAUAAAUUUCUACCAACCAAAAUGGCCAACGAGGAAGAACCGCAACAAAAAAUAAUUAUUACUGAUUUUUCGAAAAUUUACGAAGAUAUGUCACCUUAUUACUUGAAGGACACGUUUUCCGACGUUCAGAUAAUCCUGUCUGAUAAAACAAUUCACGCACACAAAAUUGUUCUCGCUGCUAGGUGCAAAUAUUUUGAGUCAGUUUUACUGCAAGACCUAAAACAAGCUGAGAUUGCUUUACAGAAUGUGCCUUCAAAAGCUUUUGAAACUAUACUGUAUUACAUUUAUACUGGAUCCGUUGUCAUCGAAUCGGAAGAUGCAAAUUAUAUAUUCGAUAUAUUGCAGCUAGCACACGAAUAUUCGUUAGAAACACUGGAAAAAAGUAUAAACGAAAAAAUGAAUUCCAUUGUAAAUUUAUCAAAUGUCUGUUUCUUUUUAAACAAAGCCAACGCAUAUGACAUGGACGAGUUAAGAGAAAUAUGUCAUGCUUUUAUUGAUGAACACGUUUUGCAAAAGUUACAAUAUGAUUUUUUCGAUGUUCUCACACAAAAAUCUAUGGUUAACAUGUUGACAAGAGACGCGUUUCCUGUGGAGGAAAUCGAUAUCUUUAACAUCGCAGUCAACUGGUGCAAGCAUAACGAAGACGUAGACAACAUGGUCAUUGAAUGCGUUCGCUUUCCUUCGUUAACACGCAACGAAAUUUUAACUAUUGUUUGGCCGUCGAAAAUAGUGGAUGAAACAAAACUGCUGAAUGCUCUUGCAACGAUUGAACUUCAUGGUACAAAAGAAACACAACGACGUUUUGUGAAAGGUAAAAAUUAUGCUGCAGCAGGAAAUAAUGUUAAAGUAAUUUCUGGAUUAAACCCCACAAUGUUGUUCGAAGAAACUAAAACCGAGGGAGACGGUACUUAUCACAAUGAGGAUGAUAAAAACGGUAUUACUGUGGAUCUUGGUCAAGUAAAAUGCUUCAAUUACAUUACAAUGAAUAUAACAGGAAACAGCUGGGUCGGUUACUGCAUUAAAGUGUCUGUAGAUCUGCAAAAGUGGCAUAACGUUUUAGAUUACAGUAUGUAUUGGUGUAAGUAUAAUCAAAAUUUAUAUUUUGAACAACAAGAAGCGAGAUACAUCCGGAUAGUCUUAAAGGACUCUAAAGGCAGAAUUUGUAAAUUUCAAGUUUACAUGAGCAGUGAUGUCCCUAAAAUACAUAACACAAUUGUUUACCCUUCUUCAAACAUCAUAACUUCUGAACAUUUUAUUUUGUCGUCAGGGCAGACGUCUGGUUCAUUCACUACGUAUCUCUAUUUAAAUCAACCAUACAUGAUUUCACGGAUAAAGACUAGCUUACGAUUUUACAAAUCCAUAUCUAGUAUAGCAACUUCCACAGACAACAUGCAGUGGGAAGAGGUUGAAUUUCCAGUAGACGAAAACAUACUUCUCUGUUUUAACGAAAGAAUAGUCACUUUUAUAAGAGUUAUUGGUCAGCUUUCUCCUAAUAAGACGAACGUCCACAUCCAACAGUUUUUGGACGAUUUUGAAUGUUUCUAAUUGCAGUCAAUACCAGUCAAAUCUGUAAACACCUUCAGUAUAUUUUUUUAACAUCCUAUAA